CCGUGCAAAAAGAGCGCAGAAUUUUAAAGAAAAGAAAACUCAUUAUAGAGAUCUAGUAGCGUAUUUCCAUGUUCGCCGCAAUGUUUACGCAAUAUUUUUUUAUGUAUGGCAAGUUAGAAAGGAAGACAAUAUGUUAGAGGUUGAGGAAGGACCCAGUAGAAGGGUGUCUAGAGGAAGAAAGAGAGGGUCUUAUGUACAGGAAGAAGUGAAAAGAAAUGAUACUGAUCAGAAAGAAAAAUGUCUUAGAUCAUCGAAGAAAUCAGGAGACUCUGAUUGGUUCCGGAAUUCCUUCCAAUCAGAUCGAGCCAGAGCAAUUAGUCCAGAUUAUACCUGUAACAGGUGCCCUUCUUCUUCAACUCCAAAGGCGAAGAGGUCACGGAGACUGUCUGUAGAAAAAGAAAACCUGAACACUAGUGAUGCUUUGUUUGCAGACCUUGAUAUUGACACACUAACAUCACAGGCUUUAUCCCAGUCUCAGGCUACUGGCUCCCCAAGUUCUAAAAAUAAAUACAGCACAAAAAGUUGUGGUAAAGAAAGUGAUAUUUCUGUGUAUAAAGGUUGUGAAGUUAAAGACAGUAAAAAUGAAUGUUUAGGAGAGAAGGGAGUUGUAAGUUUACAGACGAGUACUAGUGAGUCUCAGAGUCAGUACUUUGUUGAAAGGUUUGGAAAUUACCGCCCUACACAGCCUGUAGAAAGGAAAGAGAUAUUAAUUGAUAGCAAAGUUUUGUCUUCACAAGGGAGGAAUGAUUCUUCAUUCAGUUUUUCAUUUGUUGGUUAUGAUACCCAAAUGCUUGAUCAGACUGUGUCAGUAAAUUCCACCUGUGAUAAAAUAAACCAGUCUGUUUUUAAAGUGACAGAUGUUGGACCUAAAGAUGGUAAUUUAAGAGACAAAACAUGUGACACCCAAGUUGAACACAGUCAGUUGAAAUUUGACCAGGGACAUCGCACGCUUCGUCGUACUCCAUACUUUAAAACAGCAGACUUGUCUGUUUCUAUGGUAAAUACUCAGGAUGUGCCUCAAAUUGAGAACCAGUCUCAGUUUUGUAUUCCAGAUGGGACACAGUCUAAAGAAUAUGCACCAGUUCUGGAUACUACACAGUUAAAGGAUGAUGAAGGGUUUAAGUACAGGUGCACUCCAUACAAAACAAAGUCUAGGGACUUGUGUACACCGACACAGACUCAGUGUGAACUAAUGGCUGGUACCCAGUAUAAGGCAUAUCUACAUGAAAGCUAUAAAGAUUCCCAGAGUCAGUUACCCCUAACAUCUUACAGUAAACAGUCACAAAUCGGUGACAGGGAGAAGCUUGGAGUGUUGUCCUCACAGUUUCAACAAGACUCGCAGAUUCCGUGCACAGGUAUAUGUGAUAUGACUGGUGUUAUUAUAGAUUCGCAAAACAAAGACACGGAAACAUUAGCAAAUACUUCCGACUGUGAUAUGUUUACUGACAGCUUUUGUGACGAUAACUCUUCAAAUAAUGUUUGCAGUACAAAUCAUCAAGUGAAAUCCAAAGAAUUAGACACUGGAAUAACCAGUCAUACUCAGAGUUUGAAUUGUUCUGAGUCUAGUCAAAUUACGCAGACAAGAAGGCCGUCUCUAGAUGAUGACUUGGAAUGUAUGAUGCAAGAGUCACAAAAUCUCCGCAAGUCAAGAACGAAGGAUGGAAUUCAAAAUCAACUCAGUAUUCAGAAUUGUUCUAAACCGGAAAGUGAAAUAGAAAAUAAGAAAGUCUGCUUAGGGUCGACCAAGAUUUCUGGUAUUGUUAAUGAGAAGAAGCAGAAAGUUUCUGUGACCAAUCUAGUACAGGAACAGUCUCUGUCUUAUGGUGAUAAAAAUAAGUCAGAGAUACAGUCUGAACUAAGGCCACAGUCUACAGUAGGACUGGUUCCCAACUUACCUACAACACCAGGAGGAGCUGGCUCCCUGCAAGAUAGAAUAAAGAAAAGAUUGAAGGAGAAUGCAGGUCGCAGGACACCUCAAGGUCCGGGUGUUCUAAUGGAACAGUUACGAGAGCAGGUUCUAGAACGAGUUCAUUUAGAAGCUGAAAUAACAAAAGAAAUGUCAGACAGUGAUAUUGGGCCCUUCUAUGGACUCCCAACAAAAGUGAAACAUCUGUUUGAAAAUUAUAGAGGAAUAAAGACUCUUUAUGGUGAGUUGUUUACAAUAUUUUGUCUACAUAUGCUGGGAGAAGGUGGUAGCCGUGGUUCAACACUGGAAUCUACACUAAUGAAGAUACUCCAUUCUGCAAGUGCAGCUCAGGUGAUAGGAAUGAGUGCUACAUUGAACAAUAUUGAAGACCUUCAGAAGUUCUUGAAUGCAGAGGUCUACUGUAAUGACUUCAGACCGGUGACACUGACAGAACAUGUGAAACUAACAGAAAGUAUAUACAGAGUAGACCAGAAAGCCAAAUGUCCAGACGAUCAGUUCAUACAUGAUAGAAUAGUGUGCUUUCAGUAUCCCCCAGAGAUGACAAAAACGGAUCCUGAUCAUGUGUUGGGCCUGGCAUUGGAGGUUAUACCAGAUAACUCUUGUCUUGUCUUUUGUCCUACCAAGAAAAACUGUGAAAAUGUGGCUCUCAUGUUGAGUAAACUUAUGGCUAAAUAUAAAAGAGAAUUAUCCGAGGUUAAGAAAAAAGAAAGGAGGGCAUUAUUGAAGGAGUUAAACAAUGAUUCUGAGGGGAAAAUAUGUCCAGUAUUACAGUACACAAUACACUUUGGUGUAGCAUACCAUCACAGUGGACUGACAGUUGAUGAACGUAAACUUAUAGAAGAGGCAUAUAGUGAAGGAAUUCUUUGUCUUCUAGCAUGUACUUCUACAUUAGCAGCAGGGGUCAACCUGCCAGCUAAAAGAGUGAUACUGAGAAGCCCAUAUGUGGGUCAAUACUUUAUCUCACGGAGUCAGUACAAACAGAUGGUUGGUCGGGCUGGUAGAGCUGGUAUAGAUACUUCUGGAGAAUCCAUUCUUAUCUGCAAGGCUUCAGACAGGGAGAAGGUGCGGGAUUUGUUAGCUGGACCAGUAGAGAGUUGUCACAGUAGUUUGCUAUAUAAUGAAGGGAAAGGUAUUAGGACCCUUCUUCUGUCUACCAUUGGUCUCAAGAUAACAACAACAACUGAAGAUGUUUUCAAGUUUGUGAGUAGAUCUUUGGCACAUUGCCAACAGUCUGUGCUGGGUACUGAUGUAACAUCUGUGUGUCGUGAUUCUCUACAGAGACUAGUAGACAGUGGACUGGUUCUCCAGAUCAAAUCACAGUCUGAGGAUCCAGAGCAAAACUUAUGUCACAGUCUAGAGGUGACUAGGAUAGGGAAAGCUACAUUUAAAGGUCCUAUAGAUCCAGACUAUGCGGAGAUGUUAUACAAGGAUUUGAAGAAGGCUGAGGAACCUCUGGUAAUCUCUAAUCACCUACACCUACUGUAUCUAGUCACACCAUAUGAUGUUGUCAAGGAUAUAACACCAUCCUGGUUUAUCUAUUUCAAUCAGAUGAGCCAUUUGAACAGUUCAGAACUGAAGGUAGCCAGCCUGAUAGGUGUACCAGAGUCAUACAUAGCUAGGAAAGCAUCUCAGCAGAAAUCUAGACAGAAAGUGGAUGAGUUUGUUGUAUCCCGAUUUUACCUGACCUUGAUGCUGUAUGACCUUUGGAGAGAGAAGUCGGUGUGGGAGGUGGCAGAAAAGUUCCAGCAACCUCGAGGAUUUAUACAGAGCCUGUUGUCCAGUGCAGCAAGUUUUGCUAGCUGUGUUACACACUUCUGUCAGGAAUUGGAGGAGUUUUGGGCAUACCAGGAUUUGAUGGGAAACUUUGUGAAGAAGUUGUCAUAUUGUGUUACAUCUGAACUUAUACCACUAAUGGAAAUACCGGGAGUUAAACUUGGUAGAGCAAGGCUGAUGUAUACAGCAGGUUAUAAGACAUUGAGUUCUGUAGCCUCAGCCAACACAGAGGAUCUUGUGAAGUCUGUACAAUACAUGCCACGGAAGGCAGCUAAGCAGAUCAUUGCUUCUGCAAAGUUACUGCUCAGUGAGAAGGCUGAGGCUAUGAUGGAGGAAGUGGAGGCAUUGGUUACCAUACCGCUGUUUGUUAGUAACAAUGUUACCAUGGAAACCGAUACAACACCAGCACCAGUAACCCCAGGGCUCUCUCAGUCGUCGAUCUCAAGUGAUAUUGAUGCAAGGCUAAACAUUUGAAAAUAAAAUGAUGUGAAAAUGGAAAAUAGUAAAGUAAGAAAGCAUUCUGUCAAAGGAUUUGAUACACUGAGUUUGACAGUAUUUUAUGAAUACUGUAAGCCCUUCAUUAAAGGAGCAUUGAUAAUGUGAAGAUGUGAUAUAGUGUAUCCUGAAAGUAGUCUCAGAAAAUUUUGGAUAAGACUUCCUUGUGAAUAAGAAAAGAAAAAAACUUUAUUAGCACUCCAUCGAGGAAGUAUUGAGGAUUAGAAAAUGAACUGUUGUGUAUUUUGAAAAUAUUCUACGUGAGUUUAGGAUAACACUUGUUUUUGAACAAGGAAAAGAAACUCUGCAAUAGAUCUUCAUUGAAAGAGCAUUGACAAUUUAAAGAUAUGAUAAUAAAGUCUAUUUUGAAAUUAGUCGGAAAGUAAAGGAUAUCACAUAUCUGUGAACAAGGAAAACAAAAGACUUUCAUUAGCACUGUAUUAAAGGAGUGUUGAUUAUAAAUAUGUGAUAUGGUGUAUUUUGACAAUACUUUUCAAGAAGGUAGGGUAAGUCAAGUUUCAGGACAAGGAAAAGAGACAUUGGAGUAGGAAAACUGACAAACUGGACAUGAAAUACAGUGUAGAUUGAAAAUAUUGCAAGGUGUUUAUGAUAGCAGUUGCCAAUGAAUAAGGCAAGCAGAGACUGUAUUAACACUUUAUGAAAGAGAACAUUGACGAAACUUCAGAAGAUGUGAUAUAGUGUAAACAGCAAUUUUCUCAGGGACUUUUUGGUUACAGUUGGCAGCAGUCACGCAAGUACCUUUAACUGUUGAGCAAUGCAUGUUGAGAAUUUAUUUAUGGCAAGUUGAUAGUGUUUACAGAUUACCUCAUACUGCUGGAACCGAAUUCAUUAACAUAUUGAAUGAAGACAUUAAAUUGCUUCAUUUUAUAUAGAUCUAGACUACUGAUAAAUGAAAUUAAUAUUACUUUGAUUAAGUUCUAAGAAUUAUUUGGCAAUAAGAUGUGCAAGUUUAAAUUCUAGAUGCAAUAUGUUGAUGAAUGUCCAUUUUUGUACUAAUGAGUUUCUAGAUUUGUAACAAGAAAUAUGCACAAGUUCUGAAGUGAAGAUAUUGCAUGACUGGAGGAACAAGUGCAUCUUCCUUGGUGCAGAGCUGAUACUGUGACAUUGUUUAAUUUCAUAGGAAUGAAAUUUGGAGGGUAUUUUUUGUUGUUUCCAAAAUCGCUCUUCUGUUGGGAUAUUCUUAAGUGGAUUGGAUUUCCACUUCUGAUGGUAAAGAUGAUGGGAAUUUAACUUCUUUGGGAUUUAAUUUAGUAGACUGCCACAACUGCAGAUCCAUAAAAAACUAUUCCCUCAUGAAUAUUAAGAAUUUCACAGUAAUGUUGUUAUUACAUUAUAAGCAUUUACAAUUACUAGAAUUAUGUUUUUGUUGUUUUUAAGAGUUAAUAAUACUGUCCAAAUUGAAAGAUUGACAUUUUCAUUUUAGAAAUUGAGCAGGAUAGGGGUUAACUCUGAAAUCAUUGUUAUGUUUUAUGAAAAUUUAGAGGUCGUUAAAUAGUGUAUGCAGUUUUCAAUUUUUGCUGAAAUCUGUCCGUACUUGACAGUUGAUAUCUUUUUAUUUUGUUACAACAAGAGUGUGGAGUUAGAAGAAUUGUUUGUAUAAGAAUAAUUGAUGUUAACUGCUUUCCUAGACUUGUAGCCAUAUUGAGAAGUAUCUACAGCAUUAUACUUUAUGUUAAAGUUAUUAUCUAUUAUUUAUUAGCAUUAUUAUUUAUUUAUGUUAUCACCAAUACAGGUGAAAUUGUCAUAAAAAUUCAGAUUGUUAUUUUGUACUUUAAAUAAAUAUUGACACUAGGACACUAUGGAGCUUACUUAGAGAAUUUUUUAGUGUUUACAAAUGCAUACAGUUUACUGAGCUUUUGAGAUGUAUAGAUGAAAACAUAAAUUGACUUUAAUGAAAAAGUUUGAUUAAUAAUUUGUUUGGCAAAAUGAAAACAAAAUUUUCCAGUAUAACUUUUAAUGAAGAAAAAAAAGUAUUUUGCUCUCUGCUUUUCAUUUUGUUACAGUGACAGAAUCUAUUUUAUAAUAUAUGUGUGGAUUGUAUACGGUAUAAAAAAUAUUAUUUUAGAUGCACCACUAAGAUCUGCGUUUUUGUUACAAUUCAGUGCUGACCAUGCUGACUGAUUAUAGUCUAUCGCUCAAUGAUUUUGCUCAUUUUUAGAUAAAUUAAUGCAUUAAUAGUUGUAUCUAAAACAAUGCUGAAUAAUUUACUGUUCAUGAGUCUAAAUGAUUUAAUUAAAACCCAUUAGUGUUGUUGGUGUUUAACAGUUUUUGUCUAUACAGUUUGUGAAAGGGACUGCAGGAAGUUGUGGUGGUGGAGACAUUUGCCUGGUUCAAGUCUUCCUGUUAUAAUAAACAGUUGAAGGUUCAUGAAACAGGUGUUUGAUAUUGUUAGCCACCUUCCUUCUUCCUGUGUAGAUAAAAAGCUCAACACAUUUGUCAUCUCCAUAAGUCUUAUCUUUUCAGUAUGUUGGUACAUCAGGGCAUCUACAUAAUUUUUAUCAAUGAUUUUUUUUUCAAAACAACCUGUGACUUCUUGUAGUGGAAAAUGUAAGAUGAUAAAUCUCGAAAAUGUCCAAAUUUGAAACCUUGACAACAAAGGACAUUUUAUGACAACAGACACAUUCCUGAUAUUAAAGCAAUGAUGUCUUUUAUCUUCCUCUUCCCUCCUUGCUCUAUGAGAAACUGAAUAUCUAGGCUGUUAUCUGUUCUCCUCUCCCUCCUUUUUUAGCUCACCUGUCACGUAGUGACAGGGUGAGCUUUUGUGAUCGCCCGUCGUCCGUCCGUCCACAAUUUCUUGUGAACAAGAUAGAGACAACAUUUUGCAAGCAAUUUUGGUCAAACUUGUACAAAACUUGUAUUGGCAUGAUAUCUCAGUUUCUUUCGAAAACUGGCCAGAUCCCUUAAUGGGUUCUAGAUAGAGUUAUUGCCCCUUAAAGGGCCAGAAUUUGCUAUUUUUGUGCGUCAACAAUUUCUUGUCUGCACGAUAGUGGUUUCAUUUAUGAUUUUAUUUUAACCAAACUUGCACACAACUUGUAUCACCAGAAGAUCUUGGUUCCUUGCUUGAACUGGCCAGAUCCCAUUAUGGGUUCCAGAGUUAUGGCCCCUGAAGAGCCAAAAUGAGCUAUUUUGACCUUGUCUGCACAGUAGCAGCUUUAUUUAUGAUUUGAUUUUUACCAAACUUGCACACAACUUGUAUCACCAUAAGAUCUUAGUUCCUUUCUUGAACUGGCCAGGUUCCAUUACGGGUUCUAGUGUUAUGGCCCCUUAAAGGGCCAGAAUUAGCUAUUUUGACCUUGUCUGCACAAUAGCAGCUUCAUUUAUGAUUUGAAUUUAAUCAAACUUGCACAAAACUUGUGUCACCAUAAGGUCUUGGUUCCUUUUUUGAACCGGCCAGAUUCCAUUAUGGGUUCCAGAGUUACGGCCCCUGAAAGGGCCAAAAUUAGCUAUUUUGACCUUGUCUGCACAAUAGCAGCUUCAUUUAAGAUUUGAAUUUAAUCAUACUUGCACAAAACUUGUGUCACCAUAAGAUCUUGGUUCCUUUGUUGAACCAACCAGAUCCCAUAAUGGUUGUGCAGAACCCAUGAGUCAGCCAUGCCGGCUCAAGGUCAAGGUCACAACUCUAGGUCAAAAGUUUGAGCCUUCCAUUUUGUGUCCGCUCUAUAUCUCUUAAACCCCUUGAAGGAAUUUUAUAAAACAUGGGUCAAAUGAUCACCUCAUCAAGACGAUGUGCAGAACCCAUGAGUCAGUCAUGCCGGCUCAAGGUCAAGGUCACAACUUAGGGUCAAAGGUUUGAGCCUUCCAUUUUGUGUCCGCUCUAUAUCUCUUAAACCCCUUGAAGGAUUUUCAUCAAACUUGGGUCAAACGAUCACCUCAUCAAGGCGAUGUGCAGAACUUAUGAGUCAGCCAUGUCUGCUCAAGGUCAAGGUCACAACUGAAGGUCAAAGUUUUGAGCCUUCCAUUUCGUGUCCGCUCUAUUGGCCAGUUUUUCAACUCUAGCACUAAGAAAGGCUUAAACCAGUAUUAGUUAAGCCAUCGCUCAACCUUGUUUUCUAACGGAUUAUUAAUACUCGGCGGGUAUAUUUGCGAUGUAUUAGCUAAGCCUUCGUCACACACUAUGAACAUGUAGAUACAGUCAUCGGACCGUUUCGCUGUAUUUUUACAUAUAUAAAACGUGUUACUUUGGUGAUUUACUACUUUCGUAAAAGAAAUUGUCAUAGAAAUAAUAGAAAAAUACAAAGACACAUUAAAACACAAAAGCACUAGCGCCCGUCUAUUAAAUGAAAAAAAAAAUGCUGGGAAAAGGUGAAUUUAAUUCAAGGUAAGACUACAAGCAUUCCUAUGUUUGCUCACUGUCCUAUUGUUUUCAUUAUUCCUAAAUGUUCCACCUUUCACGUACAAAACACAUGCAAUAUGCACUUGUAAUUAGGAAUGCAUUUGUAAAUUUAAAUUAAUAGUAUAGGUACUCAAACUGCACUUGCAAGUGCAUGAAUUUCAAAAUCCACACGUCAUUGAAAGGAGACGUAUAUAUGUUGACGUGCUUAUCCAUUACAUAUUUUGCGUUACAUGUAAUUAUAAUUAAUUACAUGCACUUAUAUAUUUAUGCUUGCACGUAUAUUUUGAAACAUGUACAAACGUAGCGAAUUUAGUAAAGUUAAAAUUGAAGAGUUGAAUCUGUUACUUUUUUAGCUCGACUUUUCAAUAGAGCUUUUGCAUUCGCCCCAAAGUCAGUGUUGGCGUCGGCGUCGCCUUUGGUUUAAGUUUUUUAGCUCACCUGUCACAAAGUGACAAGGUGAGCUUUUGUGAUCGCGCGGUGUCUGUCGUCCGUGCGUGCGUGCGUGCGUCCGUAAACUUUUGCUUGUGACCACUCUACAGGUCACAUUUUUCAUGGGAUCUUAAUGAAAGUUGGUCAGAAUGG